AUGCUUAGACGAUUUCUUGAUAGCUCACCAGGACUACAAUGUACUCUGCAGGCAGGUUCAAAUUGUAUUAGAGCGUCUAAAAUAUUUAGUCUGGAGAAUCAACACGGAAAAGUCGAUAACCGUUCCAACGAAAUCGCUCGUGGUUUUAGGCAUACACUGGAACCCAUGGCUCAACAAAAAGUCGAUUCCAGAGAGCAAAUCAAUACGGCUUCAGAAAUUUUGGGCAUAACUUCAAUAAGUGCUUUUCAAAGCCUAAUAGGACUGUUAAAUUUCGUCAGCUUUGCUGUAACACAAGGCAGAUUACACUUCCGAAAUGCUCUUGUAUUCCUAAACAGGCAACUAAAGGAAUCGCUCGUACACGAAACUGUCAUUCCUCAAAAGGUAAAAGAGGAUCUUGUUUGGUGGCUUGCAAAUCUUCGAAAACCUGCUUAA